GGCAGACCCGGGACCGACGGCUGACAGCUCCAGGCAGGAGUGGGAUGAGCUCCUAACCUUGGGCCUUGCUCGGUGGCCCCGAGCCGGGGGAAGCAGGUGAGCCUCAGGGGCAGCGAAGGAGGCCAGAAAAUCAGCGGCCCGAGCAGAAACAGCCAGCGCGUCCAGCAGAGCAGCAGCGAUGGUGGCGGGAGAAGCAGCACACAGGGGACUGACCACAAAGCUUCCAGUGAAGACAAUUUAUUGGGCAUCUACCUAUGCCGGACAUUGUUCCAGGCCCUGGAGAGACAGUAAUCCAUAAGACAGACAAGGUCCCUGCUUUCAUGUAACUUACAUGAAGUGGGGGAGACAGAUAAUUAAAAGGUAAACAAACAAACAACCCACACACACAUACACAGAAACCUAAUUGCAUGUAGUAACAGAUGAUACAAAGAAAAUUAAGCAGGGGAAGGGGAUGGAGUGUCCCGGGAGGGAGGGCUGUUGUUGAGGGGUGCUAGUAAAGGCUCUCUGAGGAGAGAGAAGUGAGGGUGCAGCCACAUGAAGGUCCAGGGGAAGGUAAUUCCAGCCGAGAAAAGAGGAGGGAAGAAGGACAAAGGUCCCAGGACAGGAAUGUGCAUGGCCGUCUCCAUUCCACCCUGCCCUCCAACACUUCUCUUCCCCCAACACAGGAGAAAUCAGCCACGUGUGCAGACAAGAAAGCAGGGAUGUAAACAGGUCAUUAGAGAGGGCAGAGGUUGAAGAUGUGAGGUGUGCAGCGGGGACCCCACCAGAGGUUCCUGGGGCGUCUAAGAAGUGUCUGUAGGCACAUAGUUGUGGUUGUGUCUGAGCACUGACCAUGUCUAUCACCAACUGGAGAAUCCAGACAUCAGUCCCGGUCAGUAGGGCACCACCAAGCUCCCCUGGUCCAGCCCAGGUUUACCUGUGGCUGGUGGUAUGGCCUGAGAAGGAGGCAUUGGAGCCCAGCCCCGGCAUGACAUCCACCCAGGCCAGCGCUCCCCUCCAGACAAGAAACCGUGAGGACGUGUGUUUCCCAGUCGUGUCCUCAAUCCCACCUCCCCACUUUUCUCCGAGUCCAUCAGUCAUUGAGUCUCAGUCAACAAACAUUGAAGACCCGCUAUGUGAGUGCUAGGCACGUUGUGGAGAGCAAGAAAGACCCAGGAGGGCAAGGGUGUGAAGCCAGGGGUGAGGACUGGCUAAAGCUUGGGGUGGUGUCAGCAGAGACAUGAAGGGGGAGGGCAUGAGCUGCUGAUGACAGCCAUCUAAUCGCCUCCACUAACCAGCCAUAAACCCUGCAGGGCCAGGACUGCUGCACUUUGUUCAGAGCCUGGGACAGCUGAGUGCUCAUCUUGGCUCCCAAAGCUACUCCAGCCCUGGCUCCACACCCCCUGUUUCUCAGCCACACUCCUCAUGCUAGGAGCGUGCUGAGGACGUGGAGGCCGCUCUGAGCCAAACGUGUGGGGGGACAAAGCCACGGCCCGGAGGAUGCCCCUAGCGGGAGCUGGGCAAAGGCACAGGCAGUGUUUCCCAGCCGCAGCUUUGUGAUGACCCUCUUCCAGAGCAGGAUGCAGCUGAACCCCGAGGAGCAGAACGAGGGGGAGGACAGGUCAGGCGUUGUCCCUGAUGAGUGCACUAAGGCUGCUGACUCUUCCAAGGUCCUAGCCAGCCAGCGGCCUGCUUGUCCUGAGUCAGAGGUCUCACUUCGCCCCGCUCUGCUCUGCCCCUCCCCUCAUCCUUUAUACUUCUCUUGACCUUGGCCAUCACCUCCUGCCUGAGUGCUCCUAUCAGGCCUUCUGCUCCUUGACUUGAGAGCAGCUUAGAUUAGAAGGUACCCUGACCUUAGCUCAGAACUUCCCUCACGCAAGAAGCCACACUCCUCUGACCCCUCCCAGCCAGUGGGAGACCCUAAGAGGGGGGCUGGUGCCAGGGAGAGCCACGCCCCUCAGCUGGUCCCCUGGUCUCUUGCCUCAUGGCCUCCUGUGGGGCGGUCAUGCCUCCUGCUCUUGAAGGGAUCCAAGGGGCCAGCGCUAGGCCCUCCUGCUCCUACAGCAAUGGGUAGCUCAGGUCUUCUGGGUAGCUCCCCGCGACGCUCCAGGGCCCAUAAAUGAUGACCCUGAGUGCCGUCUCUUAGGUCGCACGGACUAAGGCUGCUGGGAGGCACGGACACUGCUUGGAGUCAUCAGCCGUCCCGACAUCCCAUUGUCUGUGGUACCUUCACAGCUUGGAAGGCAAUGUCAAGUCCAAACGGGUGUAACUUGGAGUGCUGUCAUCCGUCUUGAGGAGUUUUUCUCCCCUUCCACAGGCCUCUCUUCAUCUGAUAAACCCAGGCACCUCCAAGAGCUUAUUUUGGCCCAGGGCUCAGUCCUGGCUUCAGCUGGCCACAGAGUCAAGACCAAUGGUGCCAUGCCCGCGAGCCCAGCUUCUAAGCUCUUUAGAGACCCCGUGCUCUUUUUCCCGCCCCCCGUGGCCUCCCCGCAGUGCUCAGGUGGCCAGGUCAGCAGCCGUCAUGUGCGGUGAACAGCACCAGCUACCCCGCAAGAUGACUGAGUCCGACUGGGGCCUCCGCAGAGCCCGGCCCCAUCCACGUUCCUCCGCGGAGAGGUUUCUCCCCAGCAGCCCCAGCGCCUCCCUUGCCAGCUGACCGUCAGAGAAGGUCUGCUAAGCUAGCUCUCGAAGUCGGCCAGUCUGGGACUGUUUCUGCCUGAGCGAAUGACAGCUCGUGUGAAGAAAGCAGCACUAGCGGCACUGCGGACAGCUCCCCCACCUUGUCACUCCCGAGUCCAGAGAGCCCGGGGGCGGCGAGGCCGGAAGAUUGAGCGUCAGAGACCGCUGGGCCCCGGGUCCCUGCGCCGAGGCUGUGUGAUGGAAGGGGAGGGCAGGCUGGCAGGCUGGGGUGUUCCAGCAAACUGCUGGGUCCCUCAGCUUCAGAGGUGUGUGUGCGCGUUGGGGGGCUUCUCCUUUCUAGCCUCCCUUGUGAGAACCUGACCUAAGGCCCAUCCGCCACCCCCGGGCUGCAUCUCGCAGGGGGCCGCCUCGGCCCCUCCUCGGGCCCGCGCCCCUGCCUGGGGCGGGCCAGGAAGCCUCGGUCCCCGCCCCGCUCCGUUAGGCCCGCGCAGCGGCCGGGGGACUUUGGAGCCGAGGAGGAAGCUCGGCGGGGCGGGGAGGUGAGGGUGUGUCGGAAGGCGGCGGCGGCGGCGGCGGCCGGGUUUUAUAACCCGCAGGGCGGGCGCGGCGCGGGAGAAGGGGCUGCACCGCGCACCGCGCCAUGGGGGCCGCGUCGGGCCGCCGGUGGCUGCGGCCGCCGCUGCUGCCUUUGCUGCUGCUGCUGCUGCCGCCACCGCCGCCUGUGGUCCUGGCGCUCGACCCCGCGUUGCAGCCGGGGAACUUUUCCGCCGACGAGGCCGGGGCGCAGCUCUUCGCAGAGAGCUUCAAUUCGAGCGCGGAGCAGGUGCUGUACCACAGCACGGCCGCCAGCUGGGCGCACGACACCGACAUCAACGAGGAGAACGCGCGGCGCCAGGAAGAGGCAGCCCUGCUCAGCCAGGAGUUUUCAGAGGUCUGGGGCCAGAAGGCCAAGGCUUUGUUCGACCCAAUCUGGCAGAACUUCACCGAUCCCACGCUGCGACGCAUCAUCAGUGCCGUGCGCACCCUGGGCCCUGCCAACCUGCCCCUGGAGGAGCGGCAGCAGUACAACUCUCUGCUAAGCAACAUGUCCAGGAUUUACUCCACCGCCAAGGUCUGCUUCCCCAACAAGACUGCCACCUGCUGGUCCCUGGACCCAGAGCUCACCAACAUCCUGGCUGCGUCGCGAAGCUACGCCCUGCUACUAUAUGCCUGGGAGGGCUGGCACAACGCUGUGGGCAUCCCGCUGAAACCCCUGUACCAGAACUUCACUGCCCUCAGCAAUGCGGCCUACAGGCAGGAUGGCUUCUCAGACACGGGGGCCUACUGGCGCUCCUGGUACGACUCCCCCACCUUCACGGAGGAUCUGGAGCACCUCUACCAUCAGUUAGAGCCCCUCUACCUGAACCUCCACGCCUACGUCCGCCGCGCACUGCACCGCCGAUACGGGGACAGAUUCAUCAACCUCAGGGGACCCAUCCCUGCUCACCUGCUGGGGGACAUGUGGGCCCAGAGCUGGGACAAAAUCUACGACAUGGUGGUGCCUUUCUCUGACAAGCCCAAUCUUGAUGUUACCAGUACCAUGGUGCAGAAGGGAUGGAACGCUACACACAUGUUCCGGGUGGCAGAGGAAUUCUUCACCUCCCUAGGGCUCUUGCCCAUGCCUCCUGAGUUCUGGGCAGAGUCCAUGCUGGAGAAACCAAGCGACGGGCGCGAGGUGGUGUGCCACGCCUCCGCCUGGGACUUCUACAACAGGAAAGACUUCAGGAUCAAGCAGUGCACGCAGGUCACUAUGGACCAGCUGUCCACGGUGCACCACGAGAUGGGCCACGUGCAGUACUACCUGCAGUACAAGGACCAACACGUCUCCCUGCGCCAAGGCGCCAACCCCGGCUUCCAUGAGGCCAUCGGGGAUGUGCUGGCGCUCUCCGUCUCCACUCCUGCACAUCUGUACAAAAUCGGCCUGCUGGACCAUGUCACCAACGACAGGGAAAGCGACAUCAAUUACUUGUUAAAGAUGGCACUGGAAAAAAUUGCCUUCCUGCCCUUUGGCUACUUGGUGGACCAGUGGCGUUGGGGGGUCUUUAGUGGGCGUACACCCCCUUCCCUCUACAACUAUGACUGGUGGUAUCUUCGAACCAAGUAUCAGGGGAUCUGUCCUCCAGUUGUCCGAAACGAAACCCACUUUGACGCUGGAGCCAAGUUUCAUGUCCCAAAUGUGACACCAUACAUCAGGUACUUCGUGAGUUUUGUCCUGCAGUUCCAGUUCCAUCAAGCCCUGUGCAAGGAGGCGGGCCACCAGGGCCCCCUGCACCAGUGUGACAUCUACAAAUCCACGCAGGCAGGGGCCAAGCUCCGGGCAAUGCUGCAGGCAGGCUCCUCACGGCCCUGGCAGGAGGUGCUGAAGGACAUGGUCGGCUCAGAUUCCCUGGACGCUCAGCCGCUGCUCAACUACUUCCAGCCGGUCACACAGUGGCUACAAGAGCAGAACCAGCAGAAUGGCGAGGUCCUGGGCUGGCCGGAAUAUCAGUGGCGCCCACCGAUGCCCGACAAUUACCCAGAGGGCAUUGACCUGGUGUCCGACGAGGCUGAGGCCAGCAAGUUUGUGGAGGAAUGUGACCGGAGAUCCCAGGUGGUGUGGAACGAGUAUGCCGAGGCCAACUGGGACUACAGUACCAACAUCACCAAGGAGGGCAGCAAGAUACUGCUGGAGAAGAAUGUACAGAUGGCAAACCACACUGUCAAGUACGGCACCUGGGCCAGGAAGUUUGAUGUGACCAACUUCCAGAACGCCACCAUGAAGCGGAUGAUAAAGAAGAUUCAGGAUCUAGAGCGGGCGGCACUGCCUGUCAAGGAGCUGGAGGAGUACAACCAGAUCCUGCUGGACAUGGAGACCACUUACAGCGUGGCCUCUGUGUGCCAUAGCAAUGGCACUUGUCUACGGCUCGAGCCUGAUCUGACAAAUCUGAUGGCCACAUCCCGGAACUCUGAAGAACUGCUGUGGGCAUGGAAGGGCUGGCGAGACAAGGUGGGGAGAUCCAUCCUCCCGUAUUUCCCCAAAUAUGUGGAGCUCACCAACAAGGCUGCCAGGCUCAAUGGCUACGAGGACGGAGGGGACUCCUGGAGAUCUAUGUACGAGAUGCCAUUCCUGGAGUACGACCUGGAGCAGCUCUUCCAGGAGCUGCAGCCGCUCUACCUGAACCUGCACGCCUACGUGCGCCGGGCCCUGUAUCGCUUCUAUGGGUCCAAGCUCAUCAACCUGGAGGGCCCCAUCCCAGCCCACCUGCUGGGGAACAUGUGGGCACAGAGCUGGUCCAACAUCUAUGACUUGGUAGUACCCUUCCCUUCAGCCCCCAGGAUGGAUGCCACAGAGGCCAUGAUAAAGCAGGGCUGGACACCCCAAAGGAUGUUUAAGGAAGCGGACAAUUUCUUCACCUCCCUGGGGCUGCUGCCCGUGCCCCCCGAGUUCUGGAACAAGUCUAUGCUGGAGAAGCCGACUGACGGGCGGGAGGUGGUGUGCCACGCCUCCGCCUGGGACUUCUUCAACGGCAAGGAUUUCAGGAUCAAGCAGUGCACCACUGUGAACAUGGAGGACCUGGUGGUGGCCCACCAUGAAAUGGGCCACAUACAGUAUUUCAUGCAGUACAAGGACUUGCCUGUGACCUUCCGGGAGGGUGCCAACCCUGGUUUUCACGAGGCCAUUGGGGAUGUGCUGGCCCUCUCAGUGUCUACCCCCAAGCACCUGCACAAGAUCAACCUGCUGAGUAGUGGGGACGGCAGCUAUGAGGAGGACAUCAACUUUCUGAUGAAGAUGGCGCUCGACAAGAUCGCCUUUGUUCCCUUCAGCUAUCUUGUGGACCAGUGGCGCUGGAGGGUAUUUGACGGAAGCAUCACCAAGGAGAACUACAACCAGGAGUGGUGGAGCCUCAGGCUGAAGUACCAGGGCCUCUGUCCCCCAGUGGCCAGGUCUCAAGACGACUUUGACCCAGGGGCCAAGUUCCACAUUCCUUCAAGCGUGCCAUAUAUCAGGUAUUUCGUCAGCUUCGUCAUCCAGUUCCAGUUCCACGAGGCGCUGUGUCAGGCGGCGGGCCACAAGGGCCCCCUGCACGAGUGCGACAUCUACCAGUCCCAGGAGGCCGGGAAGCGCCUGGCGGACGCCAUGAAGCUGGGCUUCAGUCGGCCGUGGCCCGAAGCCAUGCGGCUCAUCACGGGCCAGCCCAACAUGUCGGCCGCUGCCAUGAUGACCUACUUCAAGCCGCUGCUGGACUGGCUCGUGACCGAGAACAGGCGGCACGGGGAGAAGCUGGGCUGGCCUCAGUACAACUGGACGCCAAACUCAGCUCGCUUGGAAGACUCCUUCCCGGGCUCCGGCCGCGUCAACUUCCUGGGCCUGAGCCUGGAGGAGGAGCAGGCCCGCGUGGGCCAGUGGGUGCUGCUCUUCCUGGGCGUCGCCCUGCUGGUGGCCACGCUGGGCCUCACCCAGCGGCUCUUCAGCAUCCGCCGCCGCAGCCUCCACCAGCCCCACCCCGAGCCCCAGUUUGGCUCCGAGGUGGAGCUCAGACACUCCUGA